GCCGCGCUCUGUUCUUCACCAGGGGCUGCGAGCAAGGCGGGCUGUUAGCCCUGGCAGAAGAGUCUGUCCUCCUGGUGUACUGUGAUAGUAAAGUGCAUCCAUCUAGGAUCUCUGGUUCUUGUACAUGCUGCCUGUGGUUUUAACUUGAUUCCCAGGAGGAAGAACUGCUCAGAUUCUCACACUUUGACCACAUGUACUGGAAUCCUGGUUGUUACUACUACAAUGUCGUGGGUGCAAGCUGCAGUCAGCCGGCCCAGUGAGGAUGUGUUUGAUGAAGAUUCUGAUGAACUGCAUCUAGUGCAGAAAGAAUGGAAGAGCACCAUGGAGAAAAGAGUCAAAGAAGGCUAUAGGGAUGGUGUUGAGGCUGGGAAAGAGCUUUCACUUCAGCAGGGUUUCAAUCGAGGUUACAAACAGGGUGCUGAGAUGAUGAUGACCUGUGGCCAACUCAAAGGGACCCUUAGUGCACUCUUGUCUUGGUGUCACCUUAAUGGACAAAUUUCUGCUUUGCUGAGUAAGAUAAAUAACCUCCUGGCUGAAGUUGGCAAGUAUGAAGAAUGUGUGCUUAAGUAUAUGAAUUCUAUCAGUCCACAGCCCCACCUUGGAGAGUUACUGGAUUCUGUUCAGGACAUGGACCUUAGUCAUACAAUUCCAGUGGAGAAUGAAUUUGAUGAAACUGAAGCUGGAAGACUGUGUGAAAAUGAGUCUGAGUUGAGUGAAAACUCUUGCAGGAGUAACGGUGGGGCUGACUCUUUGUAUUCAGACAGUUGUAGGAGAACAAAAGAACACACACAUUCUGAAAGGCCAACCCUUGCUUGGCUUAAAGAAGAGACCGUCUGUUUAGGAGAGCAGCUAGGCUUGUCACUGGACAUAUUACAGCAUGUCCAACAACUGGAAAGUUAACUUUUCUCUUGUGCCAAAUGGAAUCCAAUUCUAAGAACAAACUUGACAGGCUUGUAUUUUAUGUGUGGCUCAAAGGUUGGUCGUCAUACUAGUCAUUUAAUUUCAUGGGGGAAUGUACUGAUCUGAUUGUAAUGUUUCCCUUUAAAAUCUAAUAAAACAACCCUUGCUCAUCAUAUUCUGUCAUAGCUCAGUUGUUGGCAAUAACAGCAAAAAAAGUUGCUUUCACACCUAAAUUUAACUUGAAUAGGUGGAAAGUACUUCAUAUACACAAAUGCAUAGCUGUCUAAUUCUGCAGCGGCACUAAUGUGUCUGCUACUGUCUAGGAAUCUAACAUUUUCCUCUAAUUUAUUUAACUUGCCCUUUUUAAUAUUCUCUUUCAAGAAUCAUUCAGUUCCUUUUCUGAGUCUUAUCCCUAGAAAACAGUUGCUCCUAGAGUACCAAAAAUAAAAUAAAUAUUGCUAUUCGGUUUAGAAGGUAGUCUGGGUGGAGAACUCCUUUGAACAAGUGGGAACUGCACAUACAGAA